GUCAGGGGGUGCAAAUGCAACAUGGAGCCCGGGGCAGGACUUUGAGUGCAGUUCUCAAUGGAAAGAAAGAGUAUUUCCAUACUCUGUGAGGGUAUUAUGAACUGAAAGAAAAGCUCUGGACAUUGUCGGAGCGGGAAAGGGCCAACUUGACUAAAUAAUACGUGGAUUUUCGUGCCAGGAACGACGUGUUUUAUUUGGAUACUUUUUCAGUUUUUGUUUACCGUGAUUCUAUUUUGCAUCUACAUCUGUAACCAGUGUACUCUCUUCUGGGGAAAGUUGCUUUCUUUACAGUAACACAUGCUAACUGGAGCUUUUAUUUUUCUUGAUCCAUACUGUCUCUACUGUGACAGUCUUCUCACGAGGAGAGAAAGUUUUAAAAGCUUGGCGUGAUCACAUUUCCUAAAGUUAGUGCGCGUUAUCUUGGGAUGACUGCAGCUGUCUCCUUUGGAAUAGGCAGAACUCACUUGGAUCCGCGCUAUUGGCAACAAAGAAAACCUUUUCACACUCGGAUUUGAAGUUGUGUGAUGUAACUAUGAUCAAUGUGAUACAUUAAUCAUCGUUUUAGCGUAGUGCAUCUCUUUUCUGGGGGAAAUGAAGACCAUACAAAGAAACGGAAUUAUAAAUCGCGUCGUUUGGCAAACAAAGGAUGUCCAAACCCUCAACUGGAUUGAUUGACAUCGAGGAACUACAGAACCCCAAUGGAGGGGCAAAGCAACGUUUAGCCAAAAAAUAUGUGCAAAAUAAUAAACUGUCCUAAUUUUCUGUGGAGUAUUUUGAGGGUUUAGGUACGCUAUUGUAACCGCCAGGCCGAUUUAAUACACCCACCCCAAUCUCAGUCUCCAGUCCUACUUACUAUUCACAUUAUUAUCUUCGCCAAUGCUGCAGUGAUUUUCUUGAAAUACCUAAAAUGAAGGGACGCGCAGUGGAUUUGUUUCCAGUGUUUAUGGUUUUGCUGCUCGGUGGUGAUAGUUCGACGGUAUCAUCUGAUUGUAAAUCAUAUGAUGAACGAUCGAAAAGCGCAGGGAAGCUCGUACCGUCUGUGGCAACUGCGGACAGGAAAGUGGUUUGCAGCAAUAUGGAACUCCAGCAGGUGUUACCUCCAGACUCCUUCCCCAACAGAACAGUUACACUGAUUUUAAGCAACAACAAAAUUCAAGAAUUAAGAAAUGGAUCCUUCCUCGGACUGUCUACGUUGGAGAGACUGGACAUGCGGAACAACAUCAUCAGCCGGAUCGAACCGGGGGCCUUCCUGGGACUUCUGUCGCUCAAGAGGCUAGACCUGUCCAAAAACCUCAUUGGCUGCCUCAACAUGGACAUCUUCAAGGGGCUCACAAGCCUCGUCCGUCUAAACCUUUCAGGAAAUAUAUUCUCCUCGCUGGCCCAGGGUACCUUUAACAGCCUGGUCUCUCUCAAGACACUGGAGUUCCAGACCCCCUACCUGCUGUGUGACUGUAACCUGCUGUGGCUGCUGCGCUGGAUGAAGGACACCAGCGUGCAGGUGAAGGACACCAGGUGCUCCUACCCGCGCUCCCUGCAGGGUCAGCUCAUCACCGCCAUCUCGCCUGAGCUCCUCACCUGCGACGCCCCUCUGGAGCUGCCCUCCUUCCAGCUGACGCCGUCUCAGCGGCAGGUCGUGUUCCAGGGCGACAGCCUGCCGUUCCAGUGCCAGGCCUCCUUCGUGGCGGAGGACAUGCAGGUGCUGUGGUACCAGGACGGGCGCAUGGUGGAGCCCGACGCCGCCCAGGGCAUCGUCAUCGAGAAGAGCAUGGUCCAGAACUGCUCGCUCAUCGCCAGCGCUCUCACCAUCUCCAACAUCCAGCCCGGUUCUACCGGGAACUGGGAGUGUCGCGUGCGGACCAGCCGGGGGAACACCACGCGGACCGUUCACAUCGUGGUUCUGGAGAGUUCCGCCAAGUACUGCCCACCAGACCGGGUGUCCAACAACAAGGGGGAGUUCAGGUGGCCUCGCACCCUGGCCGGCAUCACAGCCCUCCUGCCCUGCAACAGGCUGGCGUCCGGCGCGGGCAUCUACUCUGGCAGCGCCGGCGACGAGAGGCGCGCGUGGCGUCGCUGCGACCGCGGCGGCGUGUGGGCGGAGGAGGACUACUCUCGCUGCCAGUACCAGAAGGACGUCACGCGGGUUCUCUACAUCAUCAACCAGAUGCCUCUGAACCUGACCAAUGCCGUGACGACGGCCCGCCAGCUGCUCGUCUACACCGUGGAGGCCGCCAACUUCUCCGACAAGAUGGACGUCAUCUUCGUGGCCGAGAUGAUCGAGAAGUUCGGCAAGUUCGCCGAGAAGUUCAAAGACUUAGGAGAGGUGAUGGUGAGCAUCUCCAGUAACCUGAUGCUGGCUGAUGAGCAGGUGCUGGGGAUGGCCCAGAGAGAGGCCAGCGCCUGCUCCCGCAUCGUCCAGUGUCUCCAGAGGAUCGCUGUGCACCGCCUGGCCAACGGGGCCCAGGCCUUCUCCCUCAACUCUCACAACAUAGCGCUGGAGGCCCACGCUAUCAAGGCGAGCAGCUUCAACGGCAUGACCUGCACGGUGUUCCAGAGGCCCAACCCGGAGCGCACGGCCCUGCGAGACCUGGGCCCCCGCAUCGACCUGGACCCCGGCUCCGACCGCCAGCUCAGCUUCAAGUGCAACGUCACCAGCACCCUGUCCAGCCUGGUGCUCAAGAACACUGUGGUGGAGGCGUCGCUCCAUCUGCCCCCCUCCCUGUUCUCCCAGCUGUCGGUCCCGGGCCAGCCCGACGACUCCGUCUACAAGCUCCACCUGCUGGCCUUCCGGAACGCGCGCUUCUUCCCCUCCACGGGCAACUCCACCCUGCUGGGUGACGGGGGGAAGAGGAGGGGCGUGGUCACCCCUGUGCUCUUGGCCCAGAUAGAGGGUGUACCGCUGCGUGGCCUCCAGAGCCUGGUCAACGUCACCCUGCGGCGGCUGGCGCGGGGCUCGGACGCCGUGGCGGCCUGCUGGAACGCCAGCCUGCUGGGAGGGCAGGGCGGCUGGCAGACACAGGGCUGCCGCAUCCUGGCUCACCGCGACAACUACACCAGCAUGUCGUGUGACGCUCUGGGCAACUACGGCCUUCUCAUGGACCUGAGUGGCGUGGAGUAUUUCAGCCCCAGCAUCCAGCCCCUCCACCCCGUCAUCUACGCCUCCUCCUCCGUCCUGCUCCUGUGCCUGCUGGCCAUCAUGGUCAGCUACAUCUACCACCACAGGUCGGUGCGUGUGAGCCGCAAAUGCUGGCACAUGCUGGUCAACCUCUGCCUGCACCUCUUGCUGACCUGCGGCGUGUUCGCCGGCGGCAUCAACCAGACUCGCUACCCCAGCGUGUGCCAGGCGGUUGGCAUCGUGCUUCACUACUCCACCCUGGCCACCGCCCUGUGGGUGGGCGUCACCGCCCGCAACAUCUACAAGCAGGUGACCCGCAAGGCCAAGCGCUACGAGGAGCUGGACGAGCCCCCGCCCCCGCCCCGCCCCAUGCUGAGGUUCUACUUGAUUGGCGGAGGGAUACCUAUCAUUGUCUGUGGCAUCACAGCUGCGGCCAACAUUAAGAACUACGGCAGCCGGACCAACGCGCCAUACUGCUGGAUGGGCUGGGAGCCCAGCAUCGGAGCCUUCUACGGCCCCGUGGGCUUCAUCGUCUUCGUGGACUGCAUGUACUUCCUCAGCAUCGUGCUGCAGCUGCGCCGCCACCCCGAGCGCCGCUACGAGUUCAAGGAGCCUGCCGAGGAGCAGCAGGGUCUGGCCACCUGCGCCGGCGUCGAGCUAGGAGGAGGGGACGGCUCCCGUGCCGGUGGCGGCGGCGGUAGCUCCCACCUCCACCCUCUCCACCUCCAGCUGCACCCCCACGAGGCCUCUUGCUCCACCGUGUCGGCCCCCCACGCCGUGGCGCUGUCCGCCCUGGAGAACGAGCACACGUUCGCGGCCCAGCUGCUGGGCGCGGCGGGCGCCCUGGGGCUCUAUGCCGCCAUGUGGGUGUUUGGCGCCAUGGCGGUGUCCCAGGAGAGCCCCGUGGACCUGGUCUUCGCCUGCCUGUUCGGGGUGUCGGCCCUGGCGCUGGCCGGGUUCAUGGUGGCGCACCACUGUCUGAACAGGCAGGACAUGAAACGCCACUGGGCCCAGGCGUGUUGCCCCGGGCGUCGGCCGUACUCGGCCCAGGAGGACGCGCUGCUUCCGUUGCCCGGCGCGGGCACGUCGUCGGGGGCGGGGUCUGUGAGCAGGGGCAACGGCGAAGCGUCCAGGUGUGCCCACAGCAGCGCAGAGUCCUCCUGCACCAAUAAAAGCGCCCCGAGCGUGCGGAACUCCGCCCAGGGCAGCAAACUGACCAAUCUGCACGCCGAGGCCGCCCAGUGCAAGUCCGUCCCCCUGCCGGCACCGGCCAAUGGCACCGCCCUGUUGGACAACAGCCUCACCGAACAUUCACUGGACAACGAAAUCAAGAUGCACGUGGCACCCGUGGAGGUGCAGUUCCGCCCCGUAAACAACAACAACAACCCCAUCCCCGCCACCAACGGCCACGCCGGCCGCCACCACAAAAACCGGGUGCGCUCGCACCGGGCCAGCCGCCUGACGGUCCUGCGAGAGUACGCCUACGACGUGCCCACCAGCGUGGACGGCAGCGUGCAGAGCGCCCCCCACAGGCGGCACCACCACCACCACGACAUGGCGGCCCGCAGCAGCCGGCGCGCGGCCUACAUGGCCUACAGGGAACGCCACCAGAGCCUGCUCCAGCAGGACAGCAGCGACGCCAGCACUUCCCUGCCCCGCCGCCCUCGCCACACCGCCAAGGGGGGCGGGAUCGUGGCCAACGGGGUGGCCGGAGGAGGCGGCGGCGACGGUGCGGGAGGGGCUGAGGAAGUGGACGAAGCGGUAACGGGAAGCGUAGAAACCACCGUCGGGACGGCGGCGUCCGGCAUCAGCAAGGACAGUAGCGGCACCAAGCAGCCCAUCACGGACGCGGGGUUGGAGAACUCGUCCAAGUCGUACGGUCUCAACCUGGCCACCCAGAACGGCACGCUCAAGGACAAUGGACAGAGCAUGCCUCUGCUCAACGCGGACGGCUCAGCCAACAUAAAGACUGGCUUAUGGAAACACGAAACUACUGUGUAGCAACGGGUUUCCUCACCAAAGACUGUUCAGACACACUCAACUGUGAAUUUGGUUUCUACUAUUUUAGGACCGAUUGUAAAAUUUGAGCUAUUGAAAAAUACGUUGGAACGAAUGCCGCACUAUUUUUGAGUAUGUGAAAAAGGCCUUUGUUUUGAUUGCCACCUGACCAUAGACAGUAAAAGGUAUUUUUAUAUCAGUUAAUCGGGAAUGGUUACUCUGUUUUAGAGUUUUAUACGUGAAACUGCAUGGUCUGUACUUUAGCCCCAUACAUACCUCUGGGCAGUUUUGUAUGUUCUAGUUUAUUUUGUGUAAAUAAACCAAAUGUUUCUAAUU